UCUCUCUCUCUCUCCACUGUACGGUGACUGUGCACCUCUUCCUUCAAAUGGUUUCUGUGCUCAAGUCAUGACUACCAACUUCACCCAUUUGAUGGAUGUAUGAGUUCAAUUCUGUUUUUAUAUGUUCUUAUGACAUUAUCAGUUUGAAUAGCAAGUACCCAUGUUGGAAGACUUGUAAAGGUUGUUUCUUUCAGCAGAACUAGUACUACCCAGAUACCCAGAAGAGUUUAUUUCUUAUUUUUUGUUUUAAUAUAUGUCAUUGGAAAGUUUAAUUAGAUACUUGAAAUACUUUAGUAAAUGCUUAGAUGGUAAUAUGUCUAGUAUUCAUGUAGAUGGGAAUGUUUUCAAGGCAGAAAAUCUAAUUUUCUUGAUGCACAAAUUUUGUGAUGGUUUUUUUAGGUGAUUUCUGAGGAGACAGAAAGUUGUUUAUAACGAAUUGGGGAUAGUGGGAAAGUCUGUUUAUGAUGACUGAUUGCGUAGUUAGAUCAUAUCAGGAGAGUGAAGGAACAAAUGACCAAGCUUCUUAUCCUGGUGAAUCUGUUUAUAUGGCUCAUUGGAUGUGUACAAGCUGCAAGUCAGAAACCAAGACAUGUGGUCAUCAUGAGGAAGCCUCGAAACACGAUGAUGAUAUUCAGAAGCAUCCCUUGUUUCGGAGAUUUGGAGAAGUAGCUGCAUCGGAAAGAGUGAGGAAAACUAAUGAGGGUGUCACUUUGAUAGAGAGUUCAAAGAAAUUGAGCAGGGAAAGAUUGGAAUGCCAGUCCUUUCCCAUGUUCAAUGUUGCUCCGGAAACUAGUUUGGCUAAACGGAAUCAGCAAGCUUUGACCGGCAAUAGGAGAUUACUAAGUGAGAGUAACUCAUCUGCAAUGCAGGGAUGGGCGCCCACUGAUGUGUGGCCUCUGGAAGCCAGCCCACCCCAAAAAGAACCACAGGUGAAAUGUCAUAAGUUUCUUGAGGACAGCAACUCAUCUGUUCCCAAGCCUUUUCAGGAUGGACCGAUGAGACUAAAUUCUAAACUUGGUGUACAUCAAUUUAAGUGUGGGAGCACUUCUAUGCCAUUCUUCAAUUUUAGAGGCAAGGAAGUAAAUCAAUACAGCUCUCUUUUAGCACAUCAGCAUGUUGCGAGCACUUAUAAAUACACUAGUUCCACAUUUUUGAUUCAUGAGAAGAAUAUCAAUAGCAAGUUAGUUUCUAGAAGAUCUGGAUGUUCAUUGUCAAGGCAGAAUGAUGUGAUAUUUAUACAACAUAAUCCCUCAACGUCCUGUAAGCAUGUCCAGGAAGAACGAAGUAAGUCUGGAGAGGGAUUGUUUUUGAGCCAGAGUGCUUCCUCAGAGGUCCCCAGACAUGAAAAAGCAUAUCGUGAUUUUUGUUUAGCCCCAAGCCUGCAACAUGCUGUUUAUAACACAGAGACCAUGAGAAUAUGUGCUGUUGUUGAUGCUGAGAAAGAAUCAUCCAGAGAUGUUCCCAAUACAAUCCCUUUUCCAAAAAGGACUGCUGGUUGCUUGUCGGAAGGAAGUCACAUGUUUCGAGACACAAACUUAGCAACAAAACUAAAAGGAAAAGCAGUUCGUGAGCUCCUUGGUUCCCCAGAGCAUGCUAUCCCUAUGCAGACCGGACAAGCUAUUCCUAUGCAGACCGGAUUUAAAUUGCUACCAUACAUGAGCGCUAAAGAAAGUGAAGAGGAAGGUCUAAGAGAUGUCAAGCGUCACACAAAUAAUUUGGAUGAUGAAUCAUCAUCUGAAAAUGAUACUUUGGACAUGGAUGCCUUCCAAUUCCAGGAUAAUCUUCUUGGUGUGGUUUCAUCCCCACUGAAUGAGCAUACUGAGGGUGGCCAGAAGUCACCAACAUCUCAACCUGCCUUUACUGCAGCUAGAGAAGAUGUCAGAGGGAGACCUUCAUUCACCAUAUUACCUGAUAUGAACCAAGAGCUUCCAGAGCUUGCAGCUUAUGCAAGUCUUGCUGAUGAAAGAGAGACAAGCACUUCAAGCACCCAGAGUUUGGACGUGGAACAUCUCCUUGCCCACGCUGGCCAGCCCACAAAUUCUAAAUCCAGUGGAAGUCCAGAUGGCCCUCAGGAACUAGAUCCAAGCAUCAGGUGGGUUAAGCGCCUCAAAUUGAGUGAUGCUCACUUUGCUUGUGGUACAAAAAACACAAAAAUGGGAGAGGCCUCUUCCCAUGGAAAAGUUGAAAAAGUUGCCGCACUUUAUAAGAAAAAUAUGAAAUGCAGUCUGACUAAUUCACAGUCAGCUGUGGUUAGAUUUCAUGGUAGGGAACAGAUGGCAUUAGAUGAAACACCAAUGUUAUUAAGAAAUGGUGAAUCGUCCUCCAGUGACUCAGCAAGGACAAGUCAAAAUAUAUCACUUUCACAUCCUUGGAUCAGGAGGUGGUCCCAUAAAGUACUUGCACCCAACAUGAAUUCUGAAGCUGCUGUGGUUUCUCAACCUCAAAGUUCAAAAGCAACAUUCAAUCAAUUUCAGAGGAAAAAAUUUCCAAGCAUUGCUGCUAUGGCACUAAUGGGGAAGGCCAUGAAUGGUUUCAAUCCAUGCGAGUUUGCGAAAAAGGGGUCUUUUGUGGUCUGGAAUACGAAGGAAUUUUGAGUUUUGAAGAUGUUCUUCAGAAAGGAGGGUAAGAUACACCUACAAAGCAUUGAAUGAUAUUACGAUGAUGGGACUCUGCAUCUACAAGAAUCAAUCGAGAAAGUUAAAUGUGGAGUUAAAGUUGUGGAUAUUGCAUCGAUAUGUAUCACUUGUAAUCUUGGUUUGUUAUCUAGAUAGAGUAGGCGAUAAGUGGAAUUUAAGAGGGUAGCCAUGCUAACCUCUUGUACUUAAUUUGAAUAAAUCAUUAAGGGCUUUGCUUGACAUGCUCCUUUGUCUUUGCCUAAACUUUUCUCUUAUGCAACUAAAUUCUGAAACUAUAGAGUGGAUAACGAGUCAUUCGUAAAUGUGUAAGUAGAAUAGAUGAUGCUUCUCUGGAGUGUAUCUGAGAUUGAACCCAGGGUUCUGCAAGAGUUAUGUGUCUUACUGUCAUGCCACUGAUCUGUGCAUCCUUAACGUUCAUCGAGCUUUUAUAUAUUGGUAUGUUACAAUGAUUUGGAAAAUUAUAUACUUGUGCGACUGAUGAAGUUAUGGUUCUGUGCUUCAAUUAUAGUUGAAGUGGACAGUGGAACCAGUGCCACCCACAAGGGAGAUAGUCUGGACUUGUUUAAGACCACAUAUACACUGAUGAAGAAGAGUUGAGGCUGAAUGACUUGGAGAAUCACUUUCAUCUUCAUUUUCUCCAGAUAUGGUGUACCAAGUACAUCGUGUUUAUGCUAACAAGGAGAACCAGUAGCUGAUGUACUGCUUCCACAGUCCAGUAUUAAAGUUGUGAGCAAAUUAACCAGUUCUUGUGCAAUCUCAGUUUGCAUUACCUUUUAUACUGUUGCCUUAAUUUGGUCUUUGGUUGUUUUUCCCGUGCUUAG